AUGGGCCCCUUCGAUCGUCGCCCAAUCCCUGACUACUUCAUCGCCUCGCCACUGGUAGCCUUACUCUAUCCAGUUCACCAAACUCUCCUCCGUCUUCGCGGAUCACCUCGUCUCCCUCCACCAGACGCCCGCCCAAUCCGCGUAGUCUGCAUCUCAGACACCCACACUCUAGAAUGGCCCGACAUACCUGAUGGAGACCUGCUCAUCCACGCCGGUGACCUCAGCAACGAUGGCUCCGCGCGCGAGAUCCAAGCCAACGUCGACUGGCUCCGAAGCCUUCCACACCCGCACAAGAUCGCCAUCGGCGGCAACCACGACAGCUACUUCGACGUACGCUCACGCCGAGAAGAAGACAAAGAAGAGCCAACCUCAACCGGCGCCCCCUUCGCCGCAGUCUCCUCAUCCACCGCCUCAAUCCACUCCCUCAACGACCCAAGCGCCUCCCACAUCGACUGGGGCGACAUCCACUACCUCCAACAUUCCGCCGUAACCCUCACCUUCCCAGGCUCCUCAGCAGCAACCCCAACAACACCCCUCAACAGCACACGCCCACGCUCCCUAACAAUCUACGGCGCGCCCCAAAUACCCGCCAUCGUCCCCUUCGGCCCCGAACACGCCUUCACCUACCCACCCCAACACGACGCCUGGUCGGGCACCGUCCCCCAAGAAACAGACAUCCUAGUCACCCACACCCCGCCCCAAUCCCAUCUCGACCUAUCCCCCAUCUACUCGACCGGCUGUCCAAACCUCCUCGCGGAAUCCUGGCGCGUGCGCCCAGCCCUGCACGUCUUCGGCCACGUCCACGAGUCUUCCGGUCAGGAACCGAUCUUCUGGGACGAGGCCCAGCGCGCCUGGGAACGGCUCUGUGCGUCGCGCCGCCCUCGCGCAAGAUAUGGUCGCUUGGCUUCGUUGGCGGGUUUCCUGCGUGAUUUGUUCGAUCUGUCUGGUUGGGCGGAUGCGGCUCGUGUGGUGGUCUAUGGCAUUCUAGGGGUGGUCUGGGCUCAUGUUUGGGGAGGGGAGAAUCGCGGUGGUGGGUGGAUGGUGAAUGCUGCUUGCAUGUAUAGCAGUAGUGGUAGGUUGGGGAACCCACCUAGGGUUUUUAAUUUGUAA